CUUUGUGUGUCAAGCCACUGCUAGAACCAGUUCCUAUAAUACUUACUGCUUAGUGUUUUGGCUUGAUGCCCAUUACACUAGCACUUCUUCUGGUGGGGGUUAGGCUUCAUGGGUUAAUGCACAUAGCGGUUUCUGUUGACUUGUGUGUUUUCAUAGUUAGUUUGUUGGAAUACAGCUGAAAUUUGAAGUUGCUUUCACAGACACCGUAUGAUACUCUUAACGCUUUCUACAAGUCUCUACAAUAAAAAUCUGUUGAAGGUUAGCAUUAGGCCAUUCUGGAAGACAGAUAGUGAGCUGAGCAGCAGAUGCAUAAUGACCAGCAGGGCACACAGGUGGUAAAAAUAGCCACUUCCAUAAGGGUCAAUUGAAAUCCUAACACACUUUACAGUUACUAAUGCUAUUGACUGAGUAGCAGAUCUUUACAGAACAAUGCUGAAUUUUACGAUACUGGUGCAGCUUCCCAUGAUCACUUUCAGCCUUUGUUCAAUUAUCCUACUUUUUAGUUACCUAUAAUUGAACUGAGGCUGUAAAUUACUUUAGCAAUUGUAAAUAUUCUAAAAGUCAUAAAUAGUAGUGUCCAUCUGAGGUUUUAAUGAGAUUUUAAGACCGAUCAAAUCUUGAUGUGAAUGUCAUACAGUACCCUCUGAAAAUUUUGGUACAGCAAGGCUAAACAAAACUCUUGUUUUUGCUAUAUACCGAAGACAUUUGGGUUUGAGUUCAAAAGAUGAAUGAGACGGUAGAUCAGAAUUUCCACUUUCUUUUCAACAAUUUAGAACAUUAUACCUUUUUUGGAAUCCACCCAUAUUUCAAGUGAUCAGAAAUAUGGCAACAGGUGACUGACAGUUGUUUCCUGUUGCCCAGGUAUACCUUGUUAGAUUGAUUGUUUAAAGAAUUAAUAGCUCUGAAUAUCUACUCUUGGUUUGAGCCCUGGGUUUCACCCAUGAAGACCGCAUUUGUUGUUCUAAAAAAUAAAUAAAUAAAUAAAUAAAAAGGGGUAAACCAACAUGAAGAUCAGACAGCUGUUUAUGGGAGAAAACCAUUUUGAAGCUGAGAAAAGAGGGAAAAUUACCAUUGCACAAGCAUUGGGCAUAGCCAUUACAACAAUUUGGAAUGUCCUGAAAAAGACAAACAACCAACAGGUCAGCAAAGGAAAACAGCAAGCAGUUGAUUAUAAACAAUGUGAGAACUGUGAAGAAAAACUCAAAAUCAAUAUUCAGUGACAUCACCAACAACCUCCACAGGGCAGGGUUGAAGUUAUCACAAUCCACUGUUGGAAAAAGACUUUGAGAUCAGAAAUAUAGAGGCUAUACCACAAGAUACAAACCACUGAUCAGCAGUAAGAAUCAGAAAGCCAGGGUAAAAUUUUCAAAGAAAUACAAUGAUGAGGCAGAAAAAUUCUGGAACCAAGAUUAACCUCUACCAAAGUGACGGAAAGGCCUAAGUGUAGAAAGGAUCUGCUCAUGAUCCAAAACAUACAAGCUCAUCGGCCAAGCAUGGUGGAGGUAGUGUCAUGGCUGCUUCUGGAAUUGUCUCACUAAUCUUUAUUGAGGAUGGAAUUCAUGAUAGUAGCAGCAGAAUGAAUUCAGAAGUCUACAGAAACAACCUGUCUUCCAAUUUAUAGAGAAAUGCAUCCAAACUAAUUGGAAGGAACUUCAUCAUGCAGCAAGACUAGGACCCAAAACAUACUGCCAAUUCACCAAAGGACUUUAUCGGGGGAAAAGUGAAAAGUUUUAGACUGGUGAAGUCAGUCACCAGAUCGUAACCCAAACUGAACAUUGAAAUUCUGAUCUAUCAUCUCAUAUUCAUGUUUUGAUCUCAAACCCAGAUGUCUCCAAUGUAUAGCAAAAAAAACUUUUUGUUCCAAUACUUUCAGUUGGGACUGUAUUUACAUUUAUUGCUAUAAUGGGGCAUUUAAGUUAAAAUUCUUUUGUACUGUAUAUUCCUUUUAGUGAGUCAUGCUCUUGUCAGCACCCAAGUAACUGUCAAUCUUCCUAGCCGAAGUUACUGCAGAAACUCCUGGUGAAGAAUUUGAGCCCUGCAGCCCAACCUCUUUGCUGUGUAUACACACAGACUCAACAGCCACACAUGCUUGUUUUCCCUUCCCCCAUUGGGCCGGUCAGUCUCUCGCAUGCCUGGAUUGCCUCCUGAAUUAGCCAGUGCUGCGCCGCUUUCCUUUGCUCAGGGUGACUGAAGAGUUGAAGUAUGGUUAGUACAGGGAAGUGUGCGCAGUGAACCUGAGAGUCCCUAACCCACAGACAUGGACCCUUUCUCUGAGGUACCCUUUAUAGAUGAUGAAGGUCUUACAAUGAAAAGUACAGUGCCUGAUCGAGAUCCUGAUGCAUACAUCUACACCAAGUUCUUCAUGAACCACUGCUGCUAUGACGCCAUACCAACCAGCUCUAAACUGGUCAUCUUUGAUACAACACUGCAGGUGAAGAAGGCAUUCUUUGCAUUAGUCGCUAACGGAGUUCGAGCCGCACCUUUAUGGGACAACAAGCAGCAGUGUUUUGUAGGGAUGCUUACUAUAACAGAUUUCAUUAACAUUCUUCAUCGAUAUUACAAAUCGCCCAUGGUUCAGAUCUAUGAAUUAGAAGAGCAUAAGAUUGAAACCUGGCGAGAGGUCUACCUUCAGUAUUCCGUCAACUCUCUGAUUAGCAUCACCCCCGAAUCCAGCCUCUUUGAUGCCAUUUACUCCCUACUGAAGAACAAGAUUCACAGGCUACCUGUUAUCGAUCCAGAAUCAGGAAAUGUUCUGCACAUACUUACCCACAAACGCAUCCUGAAAUUUCUGCACAUCUUUGGUUCCAUGAUCCCAAAGCCUCGAUUCUUACAGAAGCGAAUUCAGGAUGUCGAAAUUGGAACCUUCAAGAGGAUCGCCACAGUGGAGGAUACUGCAACGGUUUAUGAGGCAUUAUCAGUAUUUGUUGAACGCAGAGUAUCAGCACUGCCUGUUGUAACUGAACAAGGAAAGGUGGUGGCCCUUUACUCCCGUUUUGAUGUAAUUAACCUGGCUGCUCAGAAAAAUUACAAUAACCUGAAUAUGACAAUGCGAGAAGUGAUUGAGGGCCGCUCAUGCUGUAUUGAAGGAGUGCUGAAGUGUUAUCCACAUGAAACCCUGGAGACCAUUAUUGAUCGCAUAGCUGAAGCAGAGGUUCAUCGUCUAGUUCUGGUAGACGAACAGGAUAUGGUGAGGGGAAUCAUCUCGCUGUCUGACUUGCUGCAGGCGUUGGUCUUAACACCUGCUGGUAUUGAUGCUCUUUUCUCUUAGCAACUGUAGAGGAGUGAUCUCGCCAUCACAGUCCCUCCCUUCCUCAGUCAGGGGCUCGCACUUCUCCCUGUAUUUUUGAGCAAACUUUGGUGCUUCUUGUCUGCUGUGCCUGUAAAUAUUUCUCCCCCCUAUUUGGGCAAUGUUAGGCUACUGUUGGACCAUGGGGAAUGACAUGCACAUCUGAUCUUAUUCUGGCUUGAUCUAAACUGGUGGCCUAGAAUUAUUACUGUUGUAUCAGAGACCACUUUGCUGGACAAGGUUGCUCUGUGCUAAUGAACUAUGUCAUGAGUAUGAGUUUUUUUGGUAACCAAGACAUAUGUUGGGAAUCUGAUCUCUCACAAAUACAGCAUCUGGACAUUGAUCUAUGAUUGUUUUCAUACUACAUACCCACAGGUCUCAGAAGAUAUUUCACAACCAAAGGCUAUGAAUUUGAAAUGUAUAUUAGAUUUAAAAAGUACAGUUGUUCUAAAUAAUUAAACAUAACUAAUGAUACUCAUCUGUGUAAUGUUGGUCGAUGAUGGACGUUCUAUUUUCCAAAGAAUUUUUGCAAAACAGACUUUAAGGAAAAAUAAUUCAGUCCUAGAUGAAGAUUUUUCAAGUUCAAGUGGUUUUAUUUUCAUUUCAACCAUAUACAGCUGAUACAGUACACAGUGAAACGAAACAACGUUCCUCUAGGACCAUGGUGCGACAUAAAACAACACACUAACCACAUGAGACGACACAGAACUAAAUAAGAUCUACACAUUCUACACAAAGUGUACAUGCAGACUUGUGCUAACAACACAGGACAGUACAAUUCUACUAAAACAGAACAAUAGGCACAGUAAGUGACAGUGUAGCGCCGAACAGUACACAAUUUUAGUGUGGAAGUGUCUGAUAUAAUAGGUGGUGCAGAAGAUAUGUGCCAAGGAGUAACACUAUAAUUUAAAAAUGGUUUUAUGACCUAGUACACAUUAACAGGUAAAUCUGAAAUUGCAUCUUUUCUUAUCCCAAUCCUGAGCUUGGGAUAGUGUUUGUGCAUGUUCUUCUCAUAUCUUUGAUGGGGGUUCCUUCAGGUUCUCCAGUUUCCUCCCACCUCCCAUGACAAAUAGGUUUAUUGGUUAAGAUAAAUUUCCCUUAAGCAUUAAUGAGAGUGUGACUGUAUGUGUGCAUGGUGCAGUGAGAUGGACUGGUAUUCCAUCCAGGGUAUAUUCCUGCUUCACACUGUUUUUUCAGGAAUCAGGCUCUGAAUCCACUGCAACCCUGACUGGUUUUCCAUUUUCCCUUUCCAUCCACACUAAAGCAGUGUUUUCAAACUCUGAAAACUCUCUAAUCCACUCUCCAAAGCGAAUAACUCUAAAAUUCAGUUUCUGUGAUUGUAAUGUGAAAAUGUACAUGGCAUAGAUUCCAAUUCCAAGAUGGUGGAACUUUCUACAAUGCUGUUUUCUGUAUUAUUUAUUUAAAUUUCAUGUUUAACUGCUUUGCAUACAAUUAUACAAGCAAUGCGGUGGCGUAAGCUAAAGCAUGUUUUAUGCUCAUGUUUUCAACAAAAAAAAAAAGAAACGCAAGAUGAAGAUUACAUGAAUGUCAUGGUUUUCUGUCGUUUUUGGAGAUUACACAUGUGUGGCUUAGUUAGUAAGUUCAUGUAUAUAUCACAAUUAAUGAAGCAUAAAUAAUUGUAUUUUUACUUGUGUAUAGUUUUGUUAAUAAAUGUUUAAGAAAAUAGUGUAUUUUUAUGAAAGGUUUGGAGAAAUAUGUAAUAAUGUUGUGCACUUUACUUGUGUAAUGAUGGGAACCCACUACGUGCACAAAUUAUUUGCAUAUUUUUGAGUGUACUUUUAGAUUGUCUACAUGCAUACUGUGUCAUGUUGAAAGCAUUUCCAGCAUUGUGACGAGAUACAUAUUUACAGACUGGACUAAAAGGUGACUCUAAGUUACAGAUUAUACAUAAUCAUUGCUGUUGGGUACUGAAAGUAUGCUGGAUUUCCAUUUCCCUUUGUACCUGAUUAAAUAUAACACACUUGAAGCCUAAUGUAUGACCAAUUAUGUUUUGUUUUCACCUUUUCUAAGAGACUAUAAUAAGCAAAAUCUUAAUUAAUAAAGCCAUGUUUC